AUGACCAUCCCCAUCACCAUCAAGUGGGCAGGCAACAAGCCAUUCACAGUCGAUGUCGAUACCGCAGAAUCAGGACAUACCCUCAAACUCCAAAUCUACAGCCUCACAGGCGUCGACCCAGACAGACAAAAGAUCCUCGUGAAGGGUGGCCCACUCAAGGAUGAUGCAGCGCUCGAUACACUCGGCUUCAAAGCAGGCACGAGUCUCAUGAUGAUGGGCAGCAGCACUGCCCUCCCGCAAAAAGUGGCACAGCCCAAGUUUGUGGAAGAUAUGGAUGCCGCUGAACUGGCAAAACAGACACAAUCGCCGCCUGGUUUGGAAAACUUGGGCAAUACGUGUUAUAUGAAUAGUACGUUGCAGUUGCUCAGGAAAGUACCAGAGUUGCAGGAAGAACUCACUGCCUAUGGUGGUGGCAAUUUGACAGGAUCCCUACGCGACUUGUACAAGAGUAUGAGUGGGACCAGUGAUCCCAUCCAUCCAGUCAUGUUUCUCUCCUCACUUCGUCAGGCUUUCCCUCAAUUUGCAGAGCGGAGUCGAUCAGGUAUGGGGUAUGCGCAGCAGGAUGCAGAAGAGUGCUGGUCGCAAAUUAUGCAUACGCUACGACAGAACCUCAAACCAGCAGCAGGCGAGCAAGUACAAAGUGCGCUCGACCGGUUCAUGGGUGGGAAAUUACAAGUCACUCAGACCUGCGAUGAGACGACCGAAGAACCUGCAGUCGACAGCAUUGAGGAAUUCAUCAAGCUCAACUGUCAUAUCAGCGGCACUACCAAUUUCAUGCUCGAUGGUAUCCGAGAUGGCUUGACGGAUAAAGUGGAGAAGCAUUCACAAGUUCUUGGUCGCAAUGCCGUCUUUACAAAAAAAGCAGCCGUGUCACGCUUACCAAAAUACCUGUCUGUUAAUUUUGUGCGCUUCUUUUAUAAAGCCGGUGUGCAGAAGAAGGCCAAGAUCUUGCGGAAAGUUGGGUUCCCGUUUGAUUUGGAUGCCACCCCUAUUUGUACGGAAGCACUGCAAGCGACCAUGGCACCGAUUCGUGAUCGUGUGCGAGAAGUGCAGAAGCAAGAGGAAGAUGAUGAGCGUGCGCGAAAGCGUGCCAAGACACAGGAACUUGCGAGUGAAGUACCUGCAACGGAAGCCAUUGAUUUACAAAAAGAGGUGGAUGGCCUACUGACAGAAGAGAUGAAGCAGGAUCCAGGUGCCAACCACUGCGGCUUGUAUGAGCUGAUUGGUGUGCUGACACAUUCUGGCGCGAGUGCAGACAGUGGCCACUACCAAGCAUGGAUGAAGGGCGACAAGGACGACUGGUAUCGGUUCAAUGACGACAAAGUCUCUGUGGUCACCAAGGAGAAGAUCGAGACACUCGCAGGUGGCGGUGAAGCAGACGCUAUUUACAUUGCGCUGUACAAGAGCAAGUUUUAG